CUGUGCAAUAUCUUAAAAUGUAUUUCCUUGUAUUUGGGAGUAAAAAUUUAUUACAUGCCGACCAUAUUUUCUCAGUAUAAGGUAUGAGGAAGAAUCCCACUAAACAUUGGACGUCGGAUAGACGUGCAGAUUUUUGUGAUGUUUGUGUAAAGUAAAAAAAAAAAAAAAAAAAAAAAAAAAAAAAAAAAAAAAAAAACAGGAAGUGUAUCGGGACCAGUAUGUUUACAUCUAGUGAAAUGGUCUGUAAUGUGUAUUGCAGGGCCCAUGAGAUAAUUAUGUCGUCAUGAUGAUGUAAUCUUUAAACGGAAUUUUUAAAAGUUGUUUAGUUUCAAGCAGGUUGAGGAAUAAUAUGUAUAACAGGGCCAAGAACAGAAAAAAAUUGAUUUGCGAUGAUUGUAAAACUCUUGUUUUUCAGCUCGGUAAUUAAAACAGCUUUGAAUUGCUACCAGUGCUUUAUCGAUGUGGAUGACAGUCUUCGUUUGUGCUGGGGCCAUAUUCUCACCGAAUACAAUAUAAGGAAUGUAGACUCAUGUUUCAACACACUUGAUCGCAUAUUCAACAACGAAUCAAGAGUAAUUGAAGCAGGAAAAGUAGGAAGAGGCUAUGACGUGAUGUUGAAGAAUAUCUUGAUGACUGAAAUUAUGCCUAUAGUGGAGGAAUUUGACCAGCAGAAAAAUAAUGAUACAGUGUAUGAAUUCAGGCUACAGGCAGCAGCAAACAAUUUCAUUGCAGCAGCCUCAAGGCUGCCCAGAGCCUCUGGAUGUUUCCCCCCAUGUGGUUUCCAGGCACAAGGUGCUGUUUAUAACUGUAUGACCUGUCAGUACGACUCAUGUGAGUUCCCGCUGGAUUGCCCCGUGAAGGAAAUCAAAGUAAAGGAGAACAACAGGACUCAGAUGUGGUGUAAGGUCCCUUUCCUGCUUCCCACAGAUGCAGAGAUUGUCUGGAGAUAUGCAAUGGAGAGAACGAUGUUGAUGGAUCGGUUUGAUGAGGUCACGGCUGGAGUGGAUCCACUUUACUUCAUCCCCUCUGCCCGGCCAGAGCACUCGGGCACUUACCAGUGUGAAAUAUUCUCUCAGGAGCACUCACUCGUCCGGAUCUACUACUACCUCACAGUAGUCCCUAUGGCACAGAUAGGCCAUGCAGAACUACAGGAUAUCUUUGAACAGGCUCUCCUCCCAGGAGGCCAGUUCCCUCCCCUGUCCCAUACAGUUCCAUUCACCUUAUGGCUGCCCAGUCCUGCCCUUGUCACCAUCUGUCUGACUGCAAUGCUUCUGCUCAUCUUCCUAAGUCUAGGGGCAUUGUAUUGGUUAUCCUAUCAGAUUGGGACAGAUGAUUCUGAUCCAGCCCAAGAAACAAAAUUCACAGAAAAGAAGAAAUAUGUGAUUCACUGCUAAUAAAAAACAAAGCAAUAAAAU